AUGGGUUCAACAAAAUCUUUCCGGUAUGAAGUUCUCGUGUCCGAAGAACAAGCGCAACCGAAUGCAAUGACUUCCUCCAAUUCGGUUUCUCAGUCAUUCUCGUUUCAAACACGAAUUCAAAGAUUUAAAUGUGACAGGGAAAAUAUGCAGCAAUAUUGGAUUCCUGAGGGAUUUCAUCCUAUUCUUGUCCCUCGUGCUUACUUACAAUCUAAUUUAUCUGCUGCAAAUAAUGACAAUACGAGACAAAUAACGACCACGUCCGCUUCAGCUGGUAAUGUUCAAAUGUUACCUAAUGGCACUUCUAAUGUUAAUGUACCUUCAAGGCCACUUCAACCAAGGACCGCCAUUGCUACCCCUAAUGUAAUUAUUGGUGGUGGUAAUGUAAUGACACAAACCAUGAAAAGACGUCUCCCUGCAAAAGACCAGAUCAUUGUUCCUCCUCCAAGGUCAUUAAAUGCUCAAGCGCUCUAUUACUUUCAAAAACGUAGGGAAUUAAUAGAAAAUAGAUCUAUCAGUUCUAAUGUUUCAAUGGAUACAGUUCCUUCAAAAACUAUUGAACAAAUGUGGCAAGAAGAACCGGUCAUUAUAAAAAGACAUUACGAACGACUUGCUUUACGAAUAAAAAUUGAACAAGCUCUUUCAUCAAGGGCAAAUCAUAUCAGGCAAAGACGUCAUCAACCGUAUAAUAUAGACCGAAAUAACUAUGUCACCUCUUUGACUGGUUCUUCAUCACGUGUCAUUCGCUCAUGUCAUACGAUGAGUAAUAUGAACACUAUAAACAAUGCACCAUUUAAUGUCAACAGCAGUUCUUUAAAUAGAAGUAGUUUUGUUUCAUCAACAACAGAAAACCGCCAUUAUGAUAAUACGUGUAAUGCUUUGCCCUCUUCCUCACAAGGCUUUACACCAAAUCACGUGUUAAAUUUGAAUUCACCUCUGGUCUCUUCCUGCCGGAAUGUUCGAAAUGAGAAUGCUAGUAACAUUGUAGGAAAUGAUUUUGAAAAUUACUCUACGUGCGAUAAUAGCGAUGCCGAAUACGAUGAAGACGACAACGAAGGCCUCGACUAUUAA